GAGAGGCGCGUUCACGCGACUAUAAAUGCGAACGCGCGGGCGAAAAUCAUCUCAGUCAGUGUAGAGUGCGAAAAAAGCGAGAUCGGAGCUGGUGCGUGUUCGCGAGCAAUCGGUGUGACUGGGAAACACGUGUGCGUCUAACGAUUUUAAUGCGGAAGUACAAACUUCCUGGCGAGGACACGAUCGCGUUCGAAAUAACUUCACUCUUCUUACGACGUUACUCCUCCUGGAUCGUUCCGCGGUAAAGUCCAGUCGCGGAACAUUCUUGCAAGUAGAUAGAACCGCGGAUGCCUAAAAGUGACAAUCGAUGAUACGAGCUAACUGUGAAAAUAUUAUCACGUUUCUAAUUACCUUUGUAAUUCUUCGGAAGAAAUGGGGCAUCGAAUACGCGAUGAGGACUUUGUAGUUUAAAAAAGAAGAAGAAGAAGAAGAAGGAAAUACUUUUGAUAGGACUUUCGAAAGUAGAAAGUUACACGAUACCGAUUAGCGUCGAUCGCGCAGGAUGAUCGCUCAAGUAAAACUAUGGUGGAAGCUGCUCUAUUCCGGCCAGCAGAAAGGUAUAUUCGCAGGACUGGCGGCUCAUUCCGGACAAAUAUCCGUGGGACUUGGUCAAGGUUUCAGCGCGAUUCUAAUACCGAAAUUAUUGGAGAGCAAUUUCGCGGACGAGUCGGAAACAUCGUGGAUCGCGUCUUUGGGAGUGAUAUCGAAUCCCUUGGGAUCGGUGAUCGCUGGUCUAUGCGCCGAAUGGUUUGGAAGAAGAUCGGCUAUCGCGUUGGCCAGCUUACCGCAUGCUGCCGGCUGGUUAUUGAUAGCUCUGUCGAAGAACGUGCCGAUGUUAUACGUAGGCAGAUUCAUCAGCGGAAUUGGUAUGGGCAUGGCUAACGGCCUUUACCUUUACGUCAGCGAGGCUGCAGCACCGAAUCAACGAGCCUGGCUAGGAAGCUGCGGUCCCGUAUUAGUUUCCCUCGGUGUCUUGAUCAUUUACACGCUAGGAGCGUUCACCACGUGGCAGAGAGCUGCCGCGAUCAGCAUCGGACCAGCGAUUCUCUCGUUGGCGCUGACACGCAUGAUCCCGGAAAGUCCAGGCUGGUUGGUCGCUCGAGGACGAAAAGAGGAAGCGAAAGUGUCGCUGUUGUGGUUGCGAGGACCUGGAUUGACCACUGACAAGGAGUACGAGGAAUUAUGCGAAACCAACGACAAGAGGGAAGAGAAGAAGGAGAGUCUGUUGAAAGCUGUUCACAUGCCAAGCGUUUGGAAGCCGUUUUUUAUUCUACUCGCUUUCUUCGCGUUUCAACAAAUCUCCGGCAUCUACAUAAUCCUUUUCUACGCCGUGAACGUCCUCAAGGAUAUCGGCAUCGACUUGAACGAAUACUCCGCGAGCGUUGGAGUCGGUGUGAUCAGGUUGUUCGCAUCGAUCGCCGGUGCUGGUCUCGCGAACAGCUUCGGUAGAAAAGUUCUGGCCUUCGUUAGCGGCCUAGGAAUGACGAUCUCUGCUGUAGGCGUUGCUCUGGCCUUCAGGUUCAAACUGCCAUCCAUCGUGUCUCUGGCCUGUAUAGGAGGCCACGUAGGAUCAUCGAUGAUAGGAUACCUCACUUUACCCUGGGUGAUGACCUCGGAAUUAUAUCCAUUGAGAUUCAGAGGACCCCUAGGAGGCAUUACCACUAGUAUCGUACAACUGAUAACGUUCGCCACCAUCAAAAUGUAUCCUGAUUUGCGCGCGUUGGUCGGCAUCGAAUGGAUAAUGUGGAUAUUUAGCGGAGCGUCUCUCCUAGGAGCUCUAUUCGCCUUGACUAUUCUGCCUGAAACAAGAGGUCAAAGUCUCGACCAGAUAGAGAGCGCAUUCUGCAGUAAACCAAAGUCGGAUACUUCGGUUCCGGCCACCCUACCAACUAUCUUCGUGCAACCAAAAAACAUUACGUUACAAAAGUUUGUCUCGAUCUCCGAAGAAAAAUAUCCCAACAUGGUAGCAAACGCGUACGCUUACGAUAAUUUUUCUUUAGAAUUAUCUCCUGACGAUAAAGUCAAAGCAAAGAAUGAUGAAUUACCUCUAAAUAUAAAUGAAUCUGACAGGAAUCGUGACGUUGCUCGUGUCAUCUCUUUGGAACAUGUAUAUUUUUAACGAAACACCACAUACUUACAUACGUAUAUGUACCUACCUAAGGUCAAUACCUAAGGUAUUGCAAAUUUAUAUUAUCAAUUUCUCAUCAGCUUUAAAUGCUUACCAACUUUUCAAUUGAGAGAUCAAUUGUGAUAAUUUAAUAUCGACAAUCCGAUAUACAUAUCAACUUACCUACAUACUUACAUAGUACAUACUACAUAUGUAAGUAAGUAUUUAUCGUGAAAUCGAUCAUUUUCGUUUAUUAAACGAUCUACCAGUAUUACAAACAUUCCUACAUCCUGUUCAAAUGUGUUCUUGCGAACAAUUAAAUAUCGUAUAAACCUUCUGAGAAGUGUAAAAAGCGAUCAUUUUUCUCGCUUUAAUAAGCGUCUAUGUCUAGGAGAUAGCGUAUGCUAAUUCAUGAUCGAGAAGCGACUGUAAAUAAAUUGCUGCAAAUAUUGUUUUUGGAAAAUUAUAAACAUUCGCGAUUAAUCUAAAACUUCGGUUAUAAAAAAACGGAAAUAAUAGGAGAGAAUGUUGAUAAUAACAUUUCGUAUGCCAGUUAGCCAGACAAAUUUAUUACUGCUAUUUAUGUAUAUAUUUAUAAAUAUCUUCAAUUAUUCGUUAUUGUUAAAUUACACACUGCGUGAUAUUUCUUUUGUAUAUACGACAUUCUUUUCUGUCAAUUGUAAAUAAUUCCUAUUUGAUAAAGUUAAAUAUACGUAUAUACUAUUUUUUCAGCAAAAAUACACUGCCUUCUGCUCAUUA